ACGCAGCCUUUCAACAACAUUUAUAGAGUGUUAAUAAUUUCAGAAAAUGAGGUGUUUCUUUCUUUCCUCUGCUAACAGAAGUUUUAUUAUUUUUAUAAUUAAUUGAUUGCAGCUGUUGAAGGAGAUAAACUUGACAUCGAUGCCGAAGGUCAGAAGUCGCAACGUUCCUCCUGGAAUGAAGUGAUCAGAUUUAUGUCUAAACAUGCUGAUGUUCUUCCUGAUUGGCUUGCUUGUGCAUCUCAUCUUCUUUGCCUCCAUUUUUGACAUUUAUUUCACUUCUCCCCUGGUGCAUGGAAUGACUCCUCAUCGAACAUCACUACCACCACCAGCUAAACGUCUUGUUCUUUUUGUUGCUGAUGGAUUGCGUGCAGACGCCUUUUUUGAGCUGGAUCAGAAUGGACAGACACGUUCACCAUUCCUCCGGAAUGUGGUGGUGCACCAUGGAAGCUGGGGUGUGUCUCACACACGGGUUCCAACUGAAUCCAGACCUGGUCAUGUGGCCUUGAUUGCAGGGUUUUAUGAAGAUGUCAGUGCUGUAGCUAAAGGUUGGAAAGAAAACCCAGUGGAAUUUGAUUCUGUUUUUAAUGAGAGCAAAUACACCUGGUGCUGGGGAAGUCCUGACAUUUUACCAAUGUUUGCGAAAGGUGCCAGCGGUGAUCACAUCUAUACGCACAUGUACCCAGCUGAGAAGGAGGACUUUGCUGCUCAGGAUCCUUCAAAGCUGGACACCUGGGUUUUCAAUGAAGUCAAGGAGUUUUUUGAAUUUGCCAAAAAGAAUGAACUGCUGUCAAAGAAAAUGAGACAAAAUCAAGUUGUUUAUUUCCUGCAUUUACUUGGGCUGGACACCAAUGGGCAUGCUCACAGGCCAAUGUCAAGUGAGUACAAGGAAAAUAUCCGAAUAGUCGAUAAAGGUAUUGAAGAAGUUGUGUCUGUCAUUGAAGACUUCUACAGAAAUGAUAAGAAGACUGCCUUCAUCUAUACUUCUGAUCAUGGGAUGACAGAGUGGGGUUCGCAUGGUGCAGGCCACCCCUCGGAAACCCUCACACCCUUGGUUGCAUGGGGAGCUGGAAUAAGUGGGCCGUUGGUUGAGUCAAAUCAACAAUUUCAAGAUGCUUUUCUCCAAGAAUGGAAACUAAAUGACUGGAGGCGAUUAGAUGUAAACCAGGCUGAUAUAGCACCACUGAUGGCUGCUUUAAUUGGAGUUCCCUUCCCUCUAAAUUCUGUGGGCAUUUUACCUUUGGAAUACUUAAACAACAGCAACCAGUUUAAAGCUGAAUGCAUACUAACAAAUACUAUGCAAAUAUUGGAACAGUUUACGGUGAAGAUGAUUCACAAAAAAGAGACCACACUGUCCUUUUUGUUUAGUCCAUUUAAACCUCUUUCCCUUUCCAAAGGGCAGGACAUGCUACGCAAAGCCCGGCUAUAUAUUCAACAGCGCCAGUACAAUGAAGCAAUUAAUCUUUGCAAGUCAUUAAUAAACCUUGCCCUGGAAGGACUCUCUUACUAUCAUACCUAUGACCGAGUCUUCUUGGGAAUCAGUGUAGUGCUGGGAUUUGUGGGGUGGACAACUUACGCUUUUGUGUUGAUUGUCAAACUCCAUACAAGACUAAACAAGCCAGUUUGCCAGCUGGGCAAGCUGUCCUCCAGCGAUCACCUUCCUACAAUAUUCAUUGGGGCUGGUGUGGUGAUAACACUGUUUCUGCGGAUUCAGAGCUGUCCAUGGACAUAUUACAUUUAUUGUCUACUGCCAGUCCCAGUGUGGUACGCAGUAAUAAAGGAGUUUAGAAUUAUUCAAGACGUAAUGAAUUUAAUUUUAACUCAUCCUGCGAAAUCCAUGGGCUCUUUAAUACUUUUUAUUUUGGGCAUUGAAACAAUGAUUGCGAGCUUUUUCUACCGGCAAGUCCUCAUCUUUGGGCUGGUAUCUAUUGCCAUUUGGCCAGUGCAUUCAAAGCUGUUGCAUCAGAACAAGGCCAUGUCUUUAAGCUGGAUCUUUUUCAGCUUCAUCCUGGCUGUAUUUCCACUGAUGCCAGUUGUAGGCAGAAGUCACAAUAUUAGUCUUGUAACUGGAGCUGGAAUACUGGCUGUCAUCUGCAGCUUCAUCUUCCUCAAUUCUUUCAAGAUGGCAAAGGCAAAAUCAAUUGAAACUACAACAAUAGUGAACAGAAGCGUAUACACUACACAGAUCGCAGGUCUUGUUCUAUCAAUCUAUGUUGUGAACAUGACACACUCCAGUUUGGCAGAUAAACAUGGGCUCCCUUUAGCCAGUCAGAUCAUCAGUUGGACAACACUUGCAUCCUCCUUACUGAUUCCUUUGCUUAGCUCAACAUUACUCUUCCAACGACUGCUAAGCGUUAAUCUCUCGUUGAUGUCAACCUACCUGUUGCUCAGCACAGGAUAUGAGGCUUUAUUUCCUCUAGUGCUGGCCUGCUUGAUGUUUAUUUGGAUCAAUCUGGAGCAAGAGACAAUCCAGUUUCACAACACCUUUCCUGCCCCAAAGCAGUUAUCCCUGAUAGAUUUUGCUCAGAGAGUUGACGGAGCACUGAUUCGACACCUCGAGCUAGAUGACGUAAGACGAUCAUAUUUCUUUAUUUUCUUCAUUGUGACCGCUUUCUUUGGAACUGGAAAUAUAGCUUCUAUCAACAGUUUUGAUCCUGCAUCAGUCUACUGCUUCUUGACUGUUUUUAAUCCUUUCGUAAUGGGAGCAUUAAUGAUGUGGAAGAUACUAAUUCCUUUUGUUAUCGUAAUGUGUGCAUUCGAAAGUAUUCAAGUUUCAACUCAUUUGUCCUCAAACAGUUUAUUUCUCAUUGUGCUGGUCAUCUCCGACAUCAUGGCUUUGCAUUUCUUCUUCCUGGUUAAAGACUAUGGAAGCUGGCUGGACAUUGGAACAAGUAUCAGUCAUUACGUCAUUGUGAUGUCGAUGACCAUUUUUCUCAUGUUUCUAAGUCGCUUGGCUAAGACCCUGACUACCCAGAGAAUUGGACUUCACGAGAAAAUUAAGCAGCAUUUUAUGUAAUUAUUGAGUAAAGUGAUGAUUAAAAUGGAUUUGCAAUGG